AUGCAGACCAAACGGCAGCCCAGCUCAAGAAGACCAUACAGGAUAGCGGCUCUGGCUGCUGCUUCAGACAAGGGAUCAGGUGAGAAGGGACACUUCCAGAGCAGAGCCAGCAUAGUGUUCCCCCCAGAAGCAACGUCCGAGGUUGAAGAGUGCAGGUGCCGCUGCGCCGGGCGGGAGGCUGCGCGCCGAGCCGAGCGGAUCCGCGGAGGGAUGGGGAGCUGGCCGCCCGGGCUGCAGGAGCCGCAGGAGCCGCAAGAGCACCGGCGCGGGGCGUAG